UUCCCUUUCCUUCUUGGCCGUUGCGGCUGCCUUCUUCUCCUCUCUCUCCCCUCCCUUCUCUUCUCCGGGUAGCCGCUGCCGCCGUCGCUGACAGAGUUGAACCUCCGGGUCCCCGAUGUUCUCCUGGAUCCUCCGCGGCUGCCGCGAUGAGUGCUCCGCCACCGACCAGCUCAAGCAGGCUCGUGAUGUCUUUGUGGCUAAAGAGGUGGUCUUGCAAAAGAAGAUAUCACAAGAGAUGGAACGUGCCAAGGAGUUCACAAAAUCAGGAAACAAGCAAGCAGCAAUGCAGUGUUUAAAGAGGAAAAAGUACUAUGAGAGCCAAAUGAACCAGGUUGGAAGUGUCCGGUUGCGCAUCAAUACCAAGGAGAAGAUGAUCGCGGAUAACAUGGGGAACAAAUAAGUCUCUCGGCGACACCAGUUGUGUUUAUCAUUACUUCACUAGCAUGAGCUAUUUCUUCUCGUAACCAAUCAGCCAUAGGCGGAGGGAGAUCAGUACAUUGGUGUACAAAUGUACACCCAUUAGUUUUGGCAUAAGCUUGUAUAUUAGUGUCUAGUUCACAUGUAGAGCAAUAAACAUCAAGCAAAUUAGGAGAAAUAUGAGUAAAACCAUGACUUUGUACACCCAUUAUUCAUAAGCUGACUCCGCCAUUGCGAUCAGGAGUAUGUUUUAAUGCCCUAGAAUGGACCGGUUGCACCCUAAAGUUUUGGUUCUUUCUUUCUCCUGUGUUUGUUAUUCCUGUUUCUGAAGCAUAUAACUCACACUGUCGUGUAACUUGUGUAAUGAGGUCUUGGUAUCCGCUUUUACAAGCGAAUAAUCAUGUGUUCUAUUUUGAUACUACGUGACUGCGUAUAACAAAUAGUCUAUGUUGCAUCUUGCAUUAUCCAUUUAUCUUUUUAUUUGCAUGUGCUUUCCAAACUUUGCUGUUUUACUCUCUUUUCUAGAAUCAUAUUUUCGAUUUUAUCUUAU